GGGGGGAACGACUACAUGCCUUCCGAAUUUGGUUGUAACCUUACCCUAGAAAUACACAUUCAGGCCAAUUUCAAAUGGCCAGCGACUGGAAUAACUCAAAUCCCAUGCCGAUACUCGGGCCAGAGGAUUCCAAUCUCUGCAUUUCCAUCAGCCAUAAAUGGUUUACAAGAAUACCAAAACGGCGUUUGUAACUCCGCGAAAUGACUAAAUUCCCGUCGAAUUUCCCAUUCGAUGUGUCUUCUCCGCGUUACCUCUCCGCGGAAUUUCUCCGCUAUAUAUAUAUCGAAUAAUUCCAAACUACCAGACGCCACAUCCUUCUAACGAUUACCUCAAUCUGAAACAUGUCAUCAUCCACCAGGAACCCCGUCCCAAGGAAUCUUGCUCCGAUUCCGUAACACCAAAAUCGAUGCUGCAGGUUUCGACGCCAUUGUUCGCGAUGCAUUUAUCGCUUUAGAUCAAGAAAAAUGCCAAUUCAUCUAUCAACUUUCCCGCGCCACGGCCGUGCGGAAUAUUGUAGAAGUAGGUACUAGCCUUGGUGUUAGCACGAUUUACUUGGCGUUAGCUGUUGCGAGAAAUUUGGAAAUCGCAGGAGGAGGGGAGAGUCAUUGCUACGGAGAAAGAAAGUGGAAAGGCGGAGAAAGCAAGGGCGUAUUGGAUGGAAGUGGGAGAGGAGUGUGUGAGUCGGUAUAUUGAGUUGAGAGAGGGAGAUUUGCUGGAGACGUCGAAGAGGGAUGUUCCGGUGAUUGAUUUGGCGUCGCUUGAUAUUUGGACGCCAGUUGCGUUACCGGCGUUGAAGAUUCUGGAACCGAGAAUGAGAAAGGGAGCAGUGGUUAUUGUGGAUAAUAUUGUAGAUUCCGCUGAAGGUUACGCGGAUUUGUUGGCGCAUCUCAAGGAGCCGGCGAAUGGAUAUACGCUUCCUUACGAUAGAGGAUUGCAGAUGAGUAUCGAGUUCUAGUUAGUCAUUGAUAGGACAGCAUACAAUCCAAAAGGCACUUGACAGACAUGACCUGACUGCAAAUUCACGCGA